AUGUCCAGUCACGAAGAGCAACCCCACCAAGAAAAGAGGCAGAGGAAAGAAGAGGCGUCUCCGAUAUCAUGUUUGUCAGAUGAUCUGGUUCUGAACUGUCUGGCUAGAGUCUGGAGAUCAGACCACACGGCCUUAUCUCUGGUCUCCAAAAGUUAUCGCUCUCUAGUGGCGUCUCCUGAUCUUUACAAGAUCCGAUCGCUGAUUGGUCGCACUGAAACAUACGUCUACGUAUGCUUACGAAUCCCUACUUCUGUUCCAAGCUUACGCUGGUAUAUCCUCCGUCGUAGAAAAACCCUAGACGCCUCUGAUCUAGUUCCGAUCCCUUCGCUCCCCUCCCAGCCUGUGGAAGCAUCUUCUGUUGUGGUGCUGGACUCGAGCAUCUAUGUAAUCGGUGGGUUGAUAGACGGGGAGAAGCGCACUUCCGACGUCUGGAGCUUGGAUUGUCGGACUCACGUGUGGCACCCUGUCCCUUCCAUGGAAGCGGCUCGAGCUUACGGGGCUGCUGGUGUGGUAGACGGGAAGAUUUACGUGUUUGGAGGCUGCGAUGUUCAUGAUGACUGUGGAGAGGUAUUCGAUCCUAACACUCAAACUUAG